AACAGAAGUUACAAAAACAAUUUGAUGAAGAUGCCCCAGGUCAGUUGAAGAAGGAAGGCAGUGGCUCAAAGAUAUUUGCUGGCAUAAGUAUAUAUGUGAAUGGUUACACAAAACCAUCAUCUGAUGAGUUGAAGAGAUUAAUGAUGUUACAUGGGGGUAAUUAUGAACAUUAUCUGUAUCGAACCCGUGUCACCCACGUUAUAGCAACAAACUUACCUAACAGUAAGGUGAAGGAGUUGAAAGGAUUAAAAGUUGUCCGACCUGAAUGGAUCACUGAAAGUAUUGCUGCCGGAAAGCUUCUUUCAUAUGCAAAAUAUCAGCUGUAUACAGCGCAAUGUGGAUUACAGAAGGGUUUACAUACAUUUACCACAUCAACAGAGAACAGUAACCAGUCUGAGGGGAGUUUCCAAUCUAAAGAUAGUAACAUUAGUGAUAUUUCAUUGUCCACUUACGUUAAAGACAGUUCUUUAAAUAGAAUCAGCAGCACAAACAGUGGAAAUGGAGUUUCCUGUGGAAAAACUCAAGUUAAAGAUAUUAGUGAUGGUAAAUUAAAUAAGAGUGUUAAAGUGAUCUCCCCUGGGAAGACUGCAGAUGCCAGAGAUCCUAAAUUUCUAAAUGAGUUUUACAGCAACUCGAGGCUACACUACCUAUCUACUUGGAAAGCAGAAUGGAAAAAUUAUGUCAAUGAGCUACAGGUAAAGGGAGGUAAUUUUCCAGGCAGGGAACAACUUAGACAGAUUGUUCAGGAAAGGGCAGUAACUCCUGAUGAACCUUUAUCAAACAAAAGGAGAGGAAAACCAUCAAGAUGUGUGAUGCACAUAGAUAUGGAUUGUUUCUUUGUUUCUGUUGGACUGAGGAAGAGACCAGACUUGAGAGGUAAACCUGUAGCUGUAACACAUUCCAAGGGUAAAAGUCAAACCCCUGACCCGUUAGCUGAUCCGGUACUGGAGAGACGUCAGUGGGAGGAGAAAAAGUUACAGAGAAGAGGCAAAGGCAAGAAAACAAUUAAACCAGUCGACACAAGCAGUUUAGAUGAUGAUAUGACAUUUCCAGAUCAGUCUGACUCUGAUGAUGAUGUCACAGAUGAUGUCAUCAAUACUGUCAGUGCUGUUACUAUGACGACAGUAGAAUCAUUCCACUCAAUGGCUGAGAUAGCUUCUUGCAGCUAUGAAGCAAGGCAGGCUGGUGUUAAGAAUGGUAUGUUUAUGGGUAGAGCUAAGAGUAUAUGUCCAGACCUUGUCACAAUACCUUAUGACUUUGAUGGCUACAAACAAGUCUCUAAAACAUUAUAUGAUACUGUAGCAAGUUUUACACAUGAUAUAGAGGCUGUAAGUUGUGACGAGAUGUUAGUUGAUUGUACAGAUUUACUGGCAGAUACUGGAGCCACACCUCUAGAGUUUGCCACACUACUUCGUUCUCAACUCUUCCAACAAACACAGUGUCCAGCAUCAGCAGGCAUUGGAUCAAGUAUACUACUAGCCAGGAUGGCAACAAGGAAGGCUAAACCUAACGGUCAAUUCUACCUGACAGAAGAUGUUGUCUCAGAUUACAUUAAAUCACAGCCAGUCAAAGAUUUACCAGGUGUAGGUUAUUCUACGACUAGGAGAUUUGAGGCUAUGAAAGUAGUUACAUGUGAUGACUUGCAGAAAGUUGCUCUAGAUACUCUUCAGAAGGAGUUUGGUCCAAAAACAGGUCAGUCAUUGUUUAGGUACUGUAGAGGUCAGGAUGAUCGACCAAUCAAAAUGGAGCAACAGAGGAAGUCUGUCUCAGCUGAAGUGAAUUAUGGGAUCAGGUUUGACACAGAUUGUGAAGCGACUAAGUUCAUGGAGGAGUUGUCAGAGGAAGUAUGUAACAGGUUGAAGGGUAUACAUAUGAAGGGUAAAACAAUUACAUUGAAACUAAUGGUGAGGAGAGAAGAUGCUCCAAAACAUACUUCCAAGUUCAUGGGUCAUGGUAUAUGUAACAACUUUUCUAAAUCAGUCACUCUACCUAUGGCAACAGAUGAUACAAAAAUAGUUGCCAAGGAAACUAUAGGUUUACUGAGGUCUCAUAAAGUGGAUGCUGCAGAUCUUAGAGGGAUUGGAAUACAAGUAAACAAACUUGAACCUGCUGAAGUUGGUUGUACUGGUAAUAACAAGAAAAUUCCGAGUAUUCUUAACUUUACUGUAAAAUCAAACAGCCCUAACAAAACAACCAAACAACAGUCAAAUGCUGCAGAAACAGUAGGAGAUAAACUGGGGGUAAAUGUAGAAACUAGACAUACAGAAAUAAGAAGGAAACAUGGUACACCUAGUAAACUUGUAACAGAUAAACGGAUGCUGUCUUGUGAUAAAAAUGCAGUUAGUGAAGCAGGUAAUGAGAUAAUGGAUACAAACAAGAUGUCUGAGAAUACAGAGAGUACUGAAGCUGAAGUUAUAGACCUUGUACAAUCUGAGGUAGAGUCCAGAUUACCUGCCUCAAGUGACCAGGACUUACUGCAAGAUUUAGUCAGUAGACAGAGAGUAGAUGUAUCGUUACCACCAUUACCCUGCCUACCAGAUAUUAGAACUCCAGAUAGUGGAAGGAAAACUAGGAAAUGUCACACCCCAGAGAUAGAGCCACACCCACCUUCAGAUAUUGAUUACUUCCCAUCACCUUCACAGAUUGACCCAGAUGUUUUAUGUGAACUUCCCUCUGAAAUAAGAGAGCAAAUUGAGAGAGAAGUGAAACAAAGAAGAGCGGGGCCAGUAAGAAGGAACAUGAGGACAUCUCAAUCUACAGAUGCUAGUUGUUCCCAUUGGCAACAACAGACUAACAAUAGAUCAGAACACAGUCACAGUGAGGUAGAUGGACAUGCUCAGGAUGUCAUAGUUGCUUUACCCUCGCCGUCUCAGAUAGAUUUAAGUUGUCUGGAAGCAUUACCAGAAAAUCUGCAGGCAGAACUGAGACAAGCUUAUGCUAGACAGAAUUCUAAACUGACAACAAAGGGAGGUAACACAUUGCAAUUGAAACAGGCAAAGUCUCCUGCCAAGUCACCAAAUAAGAGGUCACCUGGUAAAAGCAGUCCAAAUUUUAAAAUACCAAGAGGCAAGCCAAGUGGAAGGGGACGUAAAAAGGGGACUUCCAAGAAAACUCUUUUUAAGGAUCAAGCUAGGGCAGUGCAACAGCAGUCAUCAAGUCACCUGAGUGUGUCAGAAAGUUUAAACAGUGCUAGAGAAACAACCAGUACAACAGCUAGCAAUGGUGUUGGUGAUAUAACUUCUAGUUCAUCACAUGUACAAUGUUAUAAUAAUGAGACACUAGUUAAUAGUUCUUGUGUAGGAGAUAUAGAGGGUACUGAAGUUAAUUAUACAUCAGAAACUGUGUGUUGUGUAAACCUUUGUGGUGCAGUCACAUUACAAGAUGUAAGACAUUUAUUGAAGGAAUGGAUACAUUCAACCCCAGUGCCACAAGAAGAUGAUGAGGAAAUAUUAAAGAAAUAUAUGGUAGAUCUUGUCACUGAUAAAAAUCUGGAGCAGGUAGACCUUCUCCUUAAGUACAUGCUAAGGAACAUCAAUAGAUUACAUGAUGGUGAAUGGCUGCAUUCAUUAAAGAGAAUUUUCAUACAUACCCAGUCAGUUGUAUAUGAUUUAUAUGGCAGUCAACUUGUGUCUAUAAAACUGUAAUUGUACAUACAUUAUAUAUGUGAUAUAAACAAAGAAACUGUGACAACAUUGAUUUGUAAAGUGAUAUUUUAAGUUAAGCUUGUGAUACAUAUCUUGUUG